AUGGCCAAAUUUGAGGAGAGGUUUUUAGCUACUGGUGGAACAUAUUCAGAUCUUUCCUUUAGCUUUAGAAUUGGCAAAUCGACAGUAUGCAAUAUUAUACACGAGACCUGUGAAGCAAUUUGUCAGACUUUAGGCCCAUUGUGUUUGCCUGAAAUACGUUCACGAAACCAUUGGACUGAAGUUUCAGAUGGUUUUUCAUACAAGUGGAAUUUUCCUAACUGUGUUGGUGCAGUUGAUGGUAAACACAUUGCUAUACAAGCCCCACCAAAUGCAGGAUCGUCCUAUAUCAAUUAUAAAGGAUUCCACAGCAUUGUCUUAAUGGCAGCAUCUGAUGCUCAUUAUAGAUUUUUGUAUGUGGACAUUGGAAAUUUUGGGCGAAUUAGUGAUGGUGGAGUUUUUGCCAAUUCUUCGCUAGGUCAAAAGUUACAAAACUCAAAAUUUUUACCUGAGCCAGCAUUGCUUCCUGAAAGUAACAAGGUUUUGCCAUUUGUUUUUAUUGCAGAUGAAGCAUUUCCUUUAAAAACAAAUAUGUUGCGGCCAUUCCCAGGGAAACUCCUUCCUCGGAAUAAAAGAAUAUUCAAUUAUCGUCUGGCAAGGGCAAGGAGGUGCAUCGAAAAUGCAUUUGGAAUUUUGACGGCUCGAUGGAGAGUACUUCGAAACACUCUCAACGUUCAGCCAGACAGAGCAGAUAGAAUUGUGUUUGCUUGCUGCUGCUUACAUAAUUUUCUGAUGAGAAAUGAAAUGGGUAAGGCUGCAAAGAGCUACUGUCCAUUUGGAUACGCAGAUUCUAUGUUUGAAGAUGGAUCUGUUCAAGAAGGCAUGUGGAGGCAAGACGAGAGCCAUUUACCAUCAGUUGGUAGACAAGGUGCCAAUAAUGCUACCGAAUGUGCAGCUGCCAUUCGAGAAAGAUUCAUGCAUUAUUUUAAUGAAGAAGGAGCUGUUCCCUGGCAAAAUAAAUUUAUUUAGUUUUUCUGCUUUC